CAUCAGUGUCAAUAACCUCUUGCAUCGCGUGUGUGUGUGUGUUGGUCCUUAUGGGUGUGGUACCAUAAGUUCCUUCCUCGUCUCUUCAAUAGAGUAGUGCAGAUGUGUUCUAUCAGCCCACACAGGGGAUGGCCUUCCACACAGCAUCACUACCAACAGUAUCUCUGCACAUGUGGGUUGUGAGACAGCAGAGCUCCACUGGAGAGAGUGUGUUAGCCUGAGUCUGAGCCCUGAGCCUACUGCAGGAGUUCUACACGCAUCCAAGUCUUGCCUUGUCCAGCCCAAUCCAGCCAUUUCUGACCUGCCAAGCCCAGUCGAACCCAGCACAGCCCAAUCAAGCUCUUCACAACCCAGCCAUGGAUGCCCUGUCCUCCCUGAGCUCCUCAACCUCCUGCCCCUACCUGUACCUCUGGAGUAGCAACAUCACCAACAACGGCAGUAGAAGCAGUAUUAGCAACAAUGUGAUCCUGGAGCACUACAACCACACAGGGCGCCUGCAGCACCGCGGGCCCCGCCAAGGUGGCCUGAGCUUGGGCGCGACCCUCUCCCUCUUCAUCAGCAUCCUCAUCAUCUUGGAGAACCUGCUGGUCCUGGUGGCCGUGCUCUCCAGGAUCCGCAACAGCCACCGCUGGGUCUACGUGUGCAUCGCCAACAUCACCCUGAGCGACCUGCUGGCCGGGGCGGCCUACGUGGUCAACAUCUGCAUGUCUGGCAGCCAGACGUUCAGACUGAGCCCAGCUCUGUGGCUGUUCAGGGAAGGGGUGAUGUUUGUGGCCUUGGCUGCCUCUAUCUUCAGCCUGCUGCUGAUAGCAGUGGAGCGCUACACCGCUAUGAUGAAGCCGCUGCACCAAAAGUCAGCCAGGAAGACAUGUCGUAUCUACGGCCUGGUGGCGCUGUGCUGGAUCCUAGCCUUCGCCAUCGGCUUCCUCCCCUUGCUGGGAUGGAACUGCGUGUGCAGCCUGGAGAGCUGCUCCACCCUGCUGCCGCUCUACUCCAAGAGCUACAUCUUCUUCUCUCUGCUCAUCUUCUCCCUCAUCCUGCUGGCCAUUGGCGUGCUCUACGGCGCCAUCUACUGCCACGUCCGCAGCAGCGCCAAGGUGGGAUCCCAGCGCAGCCGCAAGCGAUCCCUGGGGCUCCUGAAGACGGUAAUCUCCAUCGUGGGUGUGUUCAUCAUGUGCUGGGGCCCUCUGUUCGCCCUGCUGCUGCUGGAUUUUUUCUGUGUGUCGCGGCAGUGCGCGCCGCUCUUCAGUGCCGACUGGGUCAUUGCUCUGGCCGUGCUCAACUCUGCUCUGAACCCUGUCAUCUAUGCCCUGGGCAGCACAGAGCUGAGGAAGGCCAUCGCAGGGCUGCUGUGCUGCUGCUGCCUCAGGGCAGGCCUCUGUCACCCUGAUGCCUUCGUGUCCAAGGAGACCAGCAGCACGGGGAGCACCAGGCAUAGUAGCCUGAGGAACAGUUUCAAUAAGGUCAGGAGUUUCAGUAUCAGCCCCCCACCUGCACCCAAGGCCCCCAAGAAGAGCCGCCGCCUCAGCUCCACCACCAGCUGCCUGUCUGUGUCGAGCGGUUAGACCACAAAGGGCUGCCUGGGGCAGGCGUAGAUGCAAAAGAGAGCUCUCUUUGUGUGUGGUGUGUGUGUGGUAGGUGUGGGUCUGUGUGCGGGUGUUGGAAUUUAGAAAAAGCCCGCUAGCCCAAGGCUAGCAUUUUUCAAAACAGGGCAGUAGAAAAUGUAUCUCAUUGGCACAACCAUGAUACAACUAUGAAGAUACAGCCUUGUUACAGCCUAGAUACAACCAUGAUACAGCCAUGAUACAGCCAUGAUGAAACUAUAAAGAAACAGCCUUGAUACAGCCUUGAUACAGCCUUGAUACAACCAUGAUACAACUAUGAAGAUACAGCCUUGAUGCAGCCUUGAUGCCACCAUGAUACAACUAUGAAGAUACAGCCUUGUUACAGCCUAGAUACAACCAUGAUACAGCCAUGAUACAGCCAUGAUGAAACUAUAAAGAAAUAGCCUUGAUACAGCCUUGAUACAACCAUGAUACAACUAUGAAGAUACGGCCUUGAUGCAGCCUUGAUACCACCAUGAUACAACUUUGAAGAUACAGCCUUGAUACAGCCAUGAUACAACCAUGAUACAACCAUGAUACAGCCUUGAUACAGCCUAGUUACAGCCUUGAUACAACUAUGAAGAUACAGCCUUGAUACAGCCAUAAUACAACCAUGAUACAGCUUUGAUACAAGGCUAACGGUUUUCUCUGUUAUUAGUUUUGUUCAUUUUUUUGCCUUGUCAUCAGAUCUGGACCUAGCACAUGCUGAUGAAAGUUAAUUUUAUGUUAUGCAUUACAAAAAAAACUUUUGUUCAAGAUUUCUUAUAAAAGAAGCAUUAUAGAAGCUUUAUUUUGUUUCACUGUUUGAGCCUCAAAACAGAUGACCUGUUGCUGUCAUUGAGGUCUAUAUGCUGUGUGCACUUUUUCAGGGCUUUCAUUCUACUACUAGAACUGAGAUUUAAAAAGAAAUGUUUGUUUUUAGAUCUUUUUGAGAAUACAAUAAGAUUUAUACAUAGAUACAAAGACAUACAUUACAUGACCAAAAGUAUGUGGACACCUGCUCGCAAUGCCGACGCUUGGCAUUGCGCGUGGUGAUCUUAGGCUUUUGUGCAGCUGCUCGGCCAUGGAAACCCAUUUCAUGAAGCUCCCGAUGAACAGUUCUUGUGCUGACAUUGCUUUCAGAGGCAGUUUGGAACUCGUAGUGAGGUAUUGCAACCAAGGACAGAUGAUUUUUAAACGCUACACGCUUCAACACUCGGUGGUCCUAUUCUGUGGACUUGUGUGGCCUACCACUUAGCGGCUGAGCCGUUGUUGCUCUUAGAAAUUUCCACUUCACAAUAACAGCACUUAUAGUUGACCGGGGCAGCUCUAGCACUGUCUUGUUGGAAAGGUGGCAUCCUUUGACAGUGCCACGUUGAAAGUCACUGAGCUCUUCAGUAAGGCCAUGCUACUGCCAAUGUUUGUCUAUGGAGAUUGCAUGGCUGUGUGCUUGAUUUUAUACACCUGUCAGGAACGGGUGUGGCUGAAAUAGCCAAAUCCACUAAUUUGAAGGCGUGUCCACAUACUUUUGUAUAUAUAGUGUAUGUAUUGUACACAACUGUAGAGUUUUAUUCAUUUUUUUGAUGGUCACAGUACAUUUUAUUUCUAAAAAGUUUUUCAUUGUAAGAAUAAACAUUUGUUGAAGGCUUUAAUAUUGCUGGUUCAGUGUAGGAGGAUGAUUUUGCUGUUAUCUUGAAAAUGUAAAAUGUAUAAAUAAAUGUUUUUAAAUAAUAUAA